AUGAAGGACACCUUCGUGGGGUUUCCUGUCCCUCGAGUAUCACAAAGAGAAUUUUGCGUCUCAGGCAUUAUCACGACCGUCCAUGGCCUUGACGAACUUCCUACCGCCAUAACUGAAGUCGCCGUUCUAUGGCUGUUGCAUCCAAGACUCGAAAGGUCAGAAACCAUGGAUCCUUUGGCCGGCAUCGCCAUUUCCGAUUGGAACGAACGAUGCAAGAAGGAUAGAGACCGAGCUAACAAAGGCCUUCUUGCCGUCUCCAUUGACCUGAGAAACCAUGGGCGACGGCAGACCAAUCCAGCAGCCAACCAAGUCUGGAGGACGGGAAACCCAAAUCACGCCAUGGACCUGGUCGCCAUUUGCCAGGGCACGGCCUCGGAUGUAUCAUUAUUGAUCGAUCAUCUUCCAUCAUACAUCUUUCCUUCGGGAAAGGUAAGCAUUACGCAGCAUCUCUGCUGUGGCGUCUCUCUGGGGGGGCAUAUCACCUGGCAGUUGUUUGUUGGCGAGCCGCGCAUCACGAUCAACAUCAUCCUCCUAGGUUGUGCAGAUUUACGAGCUUUGCUCACCGACCGUGCCCGUUUAUCAAAUUUACCAUCUUAUGCCGAUACCACGCCGCCAGGAGACAAGUUUAUUGGCAGUCGAGACUUUCCCGGCACCCUAGCAAUAGCACUCAGGGACAUUGACGCCGCACAACGAAUCAUGAGCUUGGCGUACGGGGCAUCAGGGAGAGAGCCUUCAGAAGCCGAGGCCCAGCAAGUGCGGAAGUCCAUCAUAUCCGAACGCUUGCGGGGCAAGAGGUUGCUUGUGGUCAGCGGCGGUGCAGACAAGAUGGCCCCUUACAAGCUUACCAGUCCGGUGAUGGAAUUCCUACUACAGAUGGUGGGCGAUAAUUCUAGCCGACGGCACGAUAGCGAGCUUGUGAUGAAAACCGUGGUCAUUCCCAACGUGCAGCAUGAAUUGACGAUGGAAAUGGUGCACGAGGCUGUGAACUUUGCCGUAGAGUCGGUCGCCUGCCUUAGCCCUUCUUCUUCCCAGCCAGCGUCGAAGAUCUGA